GGGAGGCUAUGUGUGCUCCCGAGUACCGUCAGGAAUCGAUCGAUUUAUGGCAGCACACCGUUAAAACACCGUAUUGUGAAUGUUUUCCGGAAUAUCUUCCUCUCAUUUUAAAUCGGAAAACUAAUCGAAAAACAUAGUAGAAAAUAGUCCUCCCCCCGUAUAUUUCUCACAUUUUCAGUCACAGGCAUCAAGCACAAUAAAACGACCACUGUUUUCUCCAAUGUUAAUGGCGGGAGUACUUAAAGCCCUAGUUCUCACCGGAACUUCACAAUUUCCUCACCGGAAUUCUUACUUUCCGGCGUAUAAUCCCGUAAGCGGAGUGAAUAACCUCACGUCAUUUGGUCGGAAAUCUCAAUCAAUUCCAGAAAGAUGCAUUAUAGUCAGAGCUAAUUCACAAUUAAAACAGGGAAAUGGUGGUGAAUACUCUAAUUGGGCUAAACCGAUGCUGAAUUUCGCUUCCAAGAACUUUCUUCCAUUAGCUCUUGUUGGUGGAGUUGCAUUAGGGCUUGCAAAUCCUACCUUAGGCUGUCUUGCUGAUAGUUAUAAUCUCUCCAAAUUUAGCACUUUCGGAAUAUUUGCAAUCGCAGGAUUGACAUUGCGUACUGAAGAGAUUGGUGCCACAGCCGAAGCAUGGCCUGUGGGACUUUUUGGAUUGGUUUCUAUAUUGUUGUUAACUCCCUUGUUUUCCAGGUUAAUUAUCCAACUUCAUCUCCAACCUCAAGAAUUUGUCACAGGUCUGGCAAUUUUUAGCUGUAUGCCGACGACAUUAUCAAGUGGAAUUGCACUUACCAGGCUUAUUGGAGGAAACUCUGCUCUUGCUCUGGCUAUGACAGUGGUAUCAAACCUGUUAGGUAUUCUGAUUGUUCCUUUUUCUAUCUCUAGAUAUAUCGCUGCUGGAGUGGGCAUAUCUAUUCCGACAAAGCAGUUACUCAAAAACCUCAUUGCUACACUGUUAGUCCCUAUUAUUUUGGGAAAGGUUUGUCGUGAGUCCUUCAAAGGGUUGGCUGACUUUGCUGACAGAAAUAGCAAGCUUUGGUCAAUGACGAGUGCAAUCCUACUCAGUUUGGUGCCUUGGAUGCAAGUGAGCAAAUCAAGAUCACUUCUAAUGAUGGUCAAGCCUGAAACAUGUCUCAUUGCCACUGGGAUGGGAAUACUCCUUCAUCUCGUCCUGUUAGUUUUUAAUGCUCUUUGCAUACAGAGCCUUUCAGCUAUAUCUGGCGGAAGCUCAUCAGUUUUUUCAAAGAAACAGAAUGUGACUGCACUUCUGAUCGUUGCAAGUCAGAAAACCUUGCCUGUGAUGGUAGCAGUAGUUCAGCAGCUUGGUGGUGCACUUGGUGAUUCCAGUUUGCUAGUUCUUCCCUGUGUUGCCGCACAUUUGAAUCAGAUUAUUCUCGACUCUUUUCUCGUAAGCUACUGGCUUCAAAAGGAGCAGUCUCUUGAUAACGUCAAGACAGCUUAAGUAUAGGGAAUCAAAGGUGAAGUCAGUGGUUAACUAUUUGGGCGGUGGCAACUGGGAGGACUGAUCCCCUUGUCACUCUUUCAAAAUGGUUCAAGAGUUAUCUUCUAUUUAUCUGCGUGGCAUGUAUGAAUUAUGAUUACAUGCAAUCAGUGGCCAGUGCCCGCGUAUACACAAGUCUGCUGCUGCUGCCAAUGGUCUUAUCAUUUUUAUAUCCACCUUUAUUGUAGCCUUUCGUAUCUAGUAUGUUUAGUAAUCUGAAUUAAAUGGCAGGAUGCUUACUUCUAUUAUGUGAGUCUGAGGCUCUAUACAUGCAAUGUUGUUGAAGUUGUAUUCGUUGUGAAAAUAGUAAAAGCCUUUCAACCGGAUA